AUGGCUGAUUCUGUUCCUCAAGAUACUUUAAUAUCAUUUGAAAUUCAAGUUAAACUUAAUUUUUAUCACCAAGAAGCUCUAUUAAACAAAAAAUCAACAUUUUGCUACUAUGAAUAUUUUAAUGCACAUCAUAGAACCAUCAA